AUGUAGAUCUGGAUUUUAAUGAGAUAUGUUACAAAUUUGAAAACAGAUCAGCCACAAAUUUCUCAACUUGAUUCAAACCUACAACCGGAAUCCUCGAAUCCAUCGCCUACCGUGAUGGGUUGGGAUCAGGCUCUGUUCCGCAACAGUCUUCUCGCCCUGUACCUCAUUGGACCACCGACCGUCGUCUCCCUGAGGUUUCUCCAGGCGCCGUACGGGAAGCACAUCCGACCCGGGUGGGGUCCAACCAUGUCGGCUCCAUUGGCCUGGUUCCUGAUGGAAAGUCCCACCUUAUGGUUGACCCUCCUCCUCUUUCCAUCCGGCGAUCACUCCUCCGAUUCCAAGGCUCUCCUUCUCAUCUCCCCCUUCCUCCUUCACUACCUCAAUCGCACCUGCUUCUACCCAAUUCGUCUUCUCUGGAGUGGGACUCGACGGAAUGCCACCGCCGGUUUUCCGGUGAUUGUGGCUAUCAUGGCAUUCGGAUUCAACUUGCUCAAUGCUUACGUGCAGACCAGAUCUGUGUCUCAUUACGUGAAGUACGAGGGAGAUGGGUGGUUUUGGUGGCGGUUUUUUGGUGGAGGAGUGGUUUUUGUGAUGGGGAUGGCGGUGAAUAUAUGGUCGGAUGGUGUUCUGGUCGGACUGAAGAGGAGCGGCGGCGGUUAUAAGGUGCCGAAGGGAGGGUGGUUUGAGUUGGUGAGUUGUCCUAACUAUUUGGGAGAGAUUAUGGAGUGGCUGGGCUGGGGGGUGAUGUGCGGGUCAUGGGCUGGGCUAGGGUUUUUCCUUUAUACGUGUGCAAAUUUAGUGCCUAGGGCACGUGCAAACCACACGUGGUACUUGAACAAGUUUGGAGAGGAUUAUCCCAUAAAUAGGAAGGCUGUAAUUCCCUUCUUGUAUUAACUCUAUGUCUAUCAUAUUUCAUAUUAAAAUAAAAUAAAUUCCUUUUGCCUUGUUUUAAAAGAGAAUUUUUUUUUA